AUGCAAGAACGCGCUCAUAAACAAGACGAAUUACGAAAUGAUUUAGCAGUGAGAAUGCAGAGAGAACGCAUGUUACAGGCGAACUUAGAAAGUGAAGAACGAGUUGAAACGAAACGGUUUAUCAGACAAGUGCAGAAAGAAGAAGAAGAAAGACAUAUGGCUCAAGCCUUAUAUGAGGCUGAGGAGCAGAAAAGGAUACGCUUUGAACUUGCUGAGCAGGAAGAGCGGCUAGCCAAAGAGUUAGAACGUCGUAAAGCUGAAAGAAUGCGCUUAGAGAAACUUCGACAACAAAUUCGCGAAAAUAGCCCGGAACUACGAGAAUUAGAAAGUAGACUUAAGGCUGCCUAUAUGAAUCGUGAGAGAGCGGCUCAGAUAGCCGAAAAGAAGGCUAGAUCAUUAGAUAAGCAGAAAGAUCAAGAUGAGAUCGCUAAAAUGAUUCAAGAAGAGAUUCUCCGAGCGGAAGAAGUUGAAAAGCAGUUGGAAGAAAAUAAAGCUAAGCAAAAAGUUCAAUACAAGGCACAAAUUCAACAACAACUUGAUGAAAGGGAAGAACUAAGAAAACAGGCGUAUGAAGAGUUUCUUAAGGAAAAACUUAUGAUAGACGAAAUUGUACGCAAAAUUUACGAAGAAGAUGAAAGAGAAAAGCAAUUACGCUUUGAGAAACAACGUGCUACGCAAAGGUACAUUGAGGAUUUCAAAACGCAGCGUGAAGAGUGGAAGCAACAAGAAACUCAACGCAUGGAAGAGGAAAAUCAAAAGAUUUUACGAUAUGCUAAGCAGCAAACGGAAAGGGAAGAAGAGCGAAUGGAAAAGAGGCGACAGGAAGAUCAAGCAAAAGCUGAGCUACAAGAUAAACUUGCUACAGAAAUGAAGAGAAAGCAGGAGGCUGUAGAAGAACUAGAAAGAAUUCGUGAAGACUUAUACUUGGAAGAACAGGAAGAGAAAGAAAGGCAAAAAGAAAUGGUUGAGAUAGAGAAACGUAUAAGACAGCGUCUAGCAUUGCAGAAAACUUACGAGAUUCAAUUGCAAGAUAAAGAAAUGCGCAAAAUUAAAGAAAAGGAAGAAGAGGAAGCUUUCAGAUAUCAAAUGUUGGCCAAAUUUGCAGCUGAUGACAAGCUGGAACAAAUCGGUGCGCAAAAGCGUCGCAUGAAGCAGCAAGAACAUAAACGUGCUGUCGAGAAAUUGAUUGAUGAACGAAGAGCUAAAAGAGAGCUUGAAAGACAAGCUGAACUUAAAUCUAAAGAAGAAGAAAAAGAAAUGGAGAAGUUCAGACAACAAAUUAUUGAAGAUGAAAGGCAGAAGCUGCUUCGUGAGCAUGCUUCAAAGUUGUUGGGAUAUUUGCCAAAGGGUGUACUACGCAGUGAAAACGAUUUAGAUUUUUUCGACAAUGACUUCCGAACUGAAUAUGCAAGGCAAAAUGUAGAUCCUUUUGCUAGUGAAGAUUUCUCUUAG